ACUAAAAAAUGGGGUUUCACCACUUUGGCCAGGCUGGUCUCAUGGACAACUCUAUUCUCAUUAAGUCAUUUACUCUUCAGUUCUUUCUGCAGUUGCUAUCUUAGACAUAGUUUGAGCAGCCUCUUUUACAAAGUAGCUUUUCAGCUACCUGGUCUUGCAAGCUGGAGCCCUCUGAUACUCAUCGUGACAAGGUAGUUUCAUUUACCCGAGAGAGCCCUCUAAAGAAAAUAAAGAGGUUUUUGUUGUCUUUGUUUAACUUUUGAGCUUUGCUCCCAUUCCUUUUUUUGCUGUGAUCUAAAGCCAUAAUUUUGCCACCUUGAUUUAGAAGUUUAUGUACUUCACCACAUUCUGCUUAUUUAGGAAAAUUGCAUUUCUGGUACAUAAGGAGCUGGCAUUGUUGACAGGGCUUCCUUCGCACAGAAGGCCACAUCAAUGUCGGCUUGCUUGGGCUGUGUGUGUCUGGUUGGUAAACAUUACUAAUGAAACCCAUGCCAUCUUGACAUGCCAGGACUGCCUGUACAAAGAGAGCUGCUGGCAGCCUAUCGUCUCCUUGCUUUAGUCAGUGAACAAUGCAUUUUUUUUGGCGAUUGGGGUUGGUUCAGGAGGUCUUAUUGUAUGAUAGACAAAAAGGAAUGGUGAAUCCCCAGAAACUGAUAAACAGAAUUUGCUUUUAUCAGUGGUUAAUUGUGCCUCCUAGGAUGCUUUCCUCUUUCUAUUUAAAAGUGAGUUCAUAUUACUGGCUCACAAGUCAGACAUUGGGUACCUUUGCAAUAAUAUACUAUGCUGCCUCUAAAAAUGUCUGACUGGUCUCAACCCAGGGCUGUAAAUGGGCUGAGCCAGGCCCUAUGAGAGUCCGCUCUCUUCAAGAAUACUGAGACCUUACAAAUGCGCCUGUUCUUUCCAGUUGUAUGAAUAGGUACUUUCCAGUUUUAUUUCUCCCACCCAUACAUCUGUGGUAACUGAAAAAUCAUUUUAGCCAUAGUGAUAGUUGACAGCAAAUUGUUACCACAGGUAAAGAUAUAAACAUAUUUUCAGCCAACACACUGCUAAUUAAAUUGCUUUAUCUGUCUAAACUUGGGCCUUCUGCUACUCAUAUGCAGUGUUCCUACUGUCUUUUACGAAUGAGUUGCCUUGUAUUUCAUGACCUUGUUUUUGUUCGUUACAGUGUGAGCCACUGCCCCAUGUUGUGUUGAUGCCGGUCUGCCAUGCUAGCCUGUCUACCAGGGCCAGGUGACCCGUCCUUUCAGCUUCUUUGUCACACGCAGAUGAACACUGGACUUCAGAAAUGGGACACUACACAGAAAAUGAGAACUGCUCACUAUCCUACCCCAGCCGAAUUGGAUGCAUAUGCUAAGAAGGUCGCAAACAACCCACUGACUAUAAAAAUCUUCCCCAACAGUGUGAAGGUUCCCCAGCGGAAACACGUUCGUCGUACUGUGAACGGCCUCGACACAUCAGCCCAGCGCUACAGCCCCUAUCCGACGCAGGCUGCCACCAAGGCAGGCCUGCUUGCCAUUGUCAAAGUGCCAGCCAAAAGCAUACUCAAGGACUUUGACGGCACCCGAGCCCGGUUGCUCCCUGAGGCCAUCAUGAACCCCCCAGUGGCACCCUAUGCUACUGUGGCACCCAGCACUUUAGCCCACCCCCAGGCCCAGGCUCUGGCCCGCCAGCAGGCCCUGCAGCAUGCACAGACCCUGGCCCAUGCCCCUCCCCAGACGCUGCAGCACCCUCAGGGUAUCCCACCACCCCAGGCACUGUCCCACCCUCAGAGCCUCCAGCAGCCUCAGGGCCUGGGCCACCCUCAGCCCAUGGCCCAAACCCAGGGUUUGGUCCACCCUCAGGCCCUGGCGCACCAGGGUCUCCAGCACCCCCAUAAUCCCUUGCUGCAUGGAGGCCGGAAGAUGCCAGACUCAGAUGCCCCCCCGAAUGUGACCGUGUCUACCUCAACUAUCCCCCUUUCAAUGGCGGCCACCCUGCAGCACAGCCAGCCCCCGGACCUGAGUAGCAUCGUGCACCAGAUCAACCAGUUUUGCCAGACGAGGGCAGGCAUCAGCACUACCUCAGUGUGUGAGGGCCAGAUCGCCAACCCCAGCCCCAUUAGUCGCAGUCUGCUCAUCAAUGCAAGCACCCGGGUGUCAACCCACAGCGUCCCCACACCAAUGCCUUCAUGUGUGGUCAAUCCCAUGGAGCACACCCAUGCGGCCACCGCCGCGUUGCCUGCUGCAGGUCCUGUUAACCUGCCCACAGGCAUCUCUCGCGCCCCCACUGGCUACCCUAGCGACCUCAAGCCAGUCACCUGGAACCAGCACCAGCUGGCCCACCUACAACAGAUGUGCAACGAGGCUGGUGGGACGCCAGCCCCUGGCCUGACAGGCAAGCAUGCGGCAGGACGCGAGUUGGCAGGGCCUGGCUUUGUGGGCAAGGCCCCUGCCUACCCGCAGGAACUCUGCCUGGCACAGUCCUUCCAUCUGAAGCCACCCCUGGAAAAGCCGACCCCAUCCCCACCAGUCAACGGCCUGGCAGCCCCAUUGGCCUACCCCAAUGGUCACUACUUCCAACCCCUGUGGAACAACAUUCUGCCCACUCCCAAUAGCGACAGCUCGGGGUCUCAGGACCUCGCCAUGCCGUUCCACGGUGGGCAGCCCACAGGUGCACCCCUCGACUGUGCGGCCGCUCCUGGGGCCCACUACCGAGCAGGGACCGGGGGCGGUCCAGUGGCAAGCCAGAACAGCUUGAUGCAAACAGUGGAUUACCUAAGUGGGGAUUUCCAGCAGGCCUGCUUCCGAGAACAGAGCCUGGCCAUGCUGAACAAGGCCCACCGAGCCCCUGGCAACCGAGCCCCUGAUCCCACAGAUAGUCGAAGUCUUCAUAUUCAGCACCCAGGGUAUAGAUAGGUAGCCCUGGUGCCCUCCACGUGCAACACAUCAUAUGUCACCCUCCUAGGUUUAGUCUUUUAAGUAACUGGAUAGUUUGAAAGUUUCACUGCUCCAAUGUGAUCAUUCUCAGAUGUCUAAGAAAGGGAAUUUGGUGGAAUCUAACAGGACAGAAGGAGUCUUCUCAUCUUCCCCUCCGGCAACUUUUGGUUUUAUGUUAGAACCUAACCCCAAGCCCAGGCUUUCCUCUCCAUUGACUGCCUGUCAGCUCAUCUCUCCACCUUGACCAUUUCCAGCCGGCUCCCACCCAUCUUGUUUUGAACCUCUGCCUGUUUCGCUUAGGACAACUGAGGUGUGGGCUGAGGGAAUGCCCUAGCUGAGAUAGUGUAGGUGCUCAGGCCCCUAAGCCAGGCCUCUACCUGUUGCUCUUCCCUUCCCCCUCCCCGCCUCCCCCAGGACUAAGAAGCAAGAUUUCCCAAGUGCUCUGGAAGCUAAUUCCUUAUUCACCCAAAGAUCUCAAAUCAAAGCUGACCCAGUCUUCAUAUCCUUCGAGUUCCUUUCCAUUCCUCAAGGCUUUGUUGUGUAACUACAUUGAUCCCGAAGCCACUGCACUUGCCUUUGCCACACUCGACCCCAAGGGCAUCUUGCAGGUAUUUGAGAUAUGUGGGGGAGGGGGUGGAAUCUUUGUAUUGGCAUCUUGGUUCCAGAUUCCCCUUUCCAAACCUAGAAAAACACAGUGACUUUUCAGCAUACCCAAGAUCCCUUUCUCACUGUUGCCUGUCCUCUAACUCACCUGCUGCCCACAGCCCCUGUCCUUUCCCCCUCAACCAAACAAAGUCUACCUUGAGGAAUUAGGUAGGUAAGGAAUGAUCACAUUGGAGUUUGGGAUUAAAAACACCAAAAAAAAAAAAACAAGCAUUUGGUUCUCUCUACACUGGCUAAGAAUAUUGCUCUACACUGUAAGUUUUAAAUGUUACGUUUCUGUAUGAAUGUAGUGUGGGUUUGAGUAGCAUUGUGUGUGAGUGGCCCCACAGGUACAUUCACCCUGUAGUGCAGCCCCUCAGUUUAAUGAAGGAAAAAAAAAAAAAACACAAAGCCUUAAGCUCUUUGAAUACUUCCUUUACCAAAUGAGCAUGGUUGUGACACCUGGAGCUGGGCCUACAUUGGAAACAGCCCCUCCUGCCCUCUGUCCAUUCUUAGAGCGUACCCUCAUCCAUUCCAUGCUCAGCGUGUCUCAUCCCCAAGGACAAUUAGUUGGCUAGAAAUUUAACACUUUUCUGUAACUUUAAACUUAGGUUGUUUUGUUAAAAAUUUUUGCACUCUUCUGUUAAAGAUGCAGAGUUGGGCUUUUUUAUUUUUUAAAGAUGAAAUAAGCCCUUACCUUUCCUCUUGUCUCUGGAGAAUGUGAGCUAAUGGUUCUUAUUUAAGAUUUUGCAUUUUGUUCACAAUCCACUACUGUUCUUUAGCCAGAAGUUCUCUAGUGAUCUGAAGCAAUGUGACUGGAGACCAGUUUUUAAAUUAUGUGUUGGCAAGUUGCCUUAUAUUUAAAAAGAAAAAGGAAAAAAAAAAAAGCCUGAUUGUGUUAUGCCAAAUGAUAGCAACAUGAAGUCCUAAUUUAUUGUUCCCAGUUGUUUUCCUGCUGUCCGUGAACACUGGUACCUCCCUGUCCUGAGCCCUCAGGAGCACCUGCAGCUUCCGGCUCAAUGCCUUCUCCCACGGUAUUGGCCACCACCUCACCCAGGGCCCUCUUCCAGUUCCUGCUUUUCUGAGUCAGAUUUAAAGAGCACCACUGUCUUCCCCCUAUCCCUUGCUUGAUCUCCAAAAGAUACUCUUGCUGUAUUUUUUUUUUCUCCCCAAUACCUCUCCCCGAAAGGUGAGCUGCCAUUUUAGGAAAUUGGACCAGACACCAUCUUGGGGGCUUUAAGUCAAACAACCUCAAACCCAUCUCUUCCUGUGUAGGGGUGCAAGUCUCUGAAGCUCUCCCACCCCUAGUCUGCAUGGAAAAUGUACUGUGAUCCCCCUGCCCCCAACUGCCCUCGCCUUUGGUGUGAGAUGUUCCCUAUUUCGCAGUUCAGCCUGAGUCCCUCUUCCCUCUGCCAGCCAACCCCCAGCCAGCAAUAAGGGUCCAAGCCAGGGCCUCCUCUCCACACUCCCUGUCUCCAUCCCACACUACCCUAGGGAAUACCUGGAUUCCCCACUGUAUCCACAUACUGUAGCAUUCAUUCUCCAUCUCUCUCACCUGUGGUGGUUUAUGGGUGUGAUGGGGUUUUUAAGAUUAUUAUAAACCAGUAAAAAG